UCUAAGUUCAGUUUUAAGGCUCAAAGUCCAUUUUUUUUAUAAUUUUAAAUUAAAUUAGACCCGUUUAUCUCUGGAUGUUGAACUGCCGAUCGGGGUUAAAACUUUGAAAGUCGAAAAGUCUUCCCUAGAUUGCGAAAAUGUCGUUGCGGUUUUUCGGUGCUCUGUCUAAAACUGGGAAUUUUAUAAAAAUCCACCACAAAUUUCAAGCCAGAUGUAUGUCGUCCGCAGAACUCAAGCAUCUAAAACUGAAAGUAGUGGACAAUGUAGGCGUUAUAACGAUAGACUCGCCAGGUGUAAAGGGGGCGGUGGUAUCGGCGAUAGAUUACGCUUUAAAUUGCGCCAAAGUGGAGUGGUUCGAAAAUGGCGAGAUCAAAGGCAAGGAAAUCCACUUUUCCAACAUCACUUCGCUCAAUCCCGAUGUGCAGAUAGUAAGGAACGCCAAGCGAGAAAAUUUCAGUGCUGAUUGCUUUCCCAAGCUGUCCAAGCUCGACGACAGCAUGACCAACAAGAGCAAACGGAGGCUUUCGUCGGCCGGUAAAGAAUACCGCAUGCACUCGGCCAAGCCGAGGCUCACCCAAGAAAGCAACGAACAACGUUCCAUUAUGAGCGAAAUAAUACUUAAAAAUAAGCGAAUGACGAACGCUAAGACUGCACGAUCUGCCAUAGAACGAGUAGCAAAAACUAAGGAACCUUCGACGUUGAAGAAGCUCAAUAAACUCGAAAAGGAACGAAACGAACGUAGAAAGAAAAACGCCGAAGUGAAAGCGGAAAAGGAGGAAUUCCUCAAAAAAAACCAAGGCAAUCCCCACUGGCAGCUGUUGAACAUGAUAAAAAACUACCAGAACAAAAUCGAAAUCAAACCGCUAUCGAUGAAAGACAAAAUCGAAGACCAUCUAAUAACGGUAGCCGUCAGAAAACGACCAUUAAACAAUUCCGAUUUGCUCAAAAAGGAAAUCGACAUAGUAACGAUACCCAGCAAGAACCAGCUCAUAGUGCACGAGCCCAAAUUCAAAGUGGACCUCACCAAGUACCUCGACAACCACGUGUUCACCUUCGACUACACCUUCAACGAGGCCUGCGACAACGACAUCGUGUACAAAUACACCGCCCAGCCGUUGCUGCAGACCGUCUUCGAAGGGGGCAUCGCCACGUGCUUCGCCUACGGCCAGACCGGCUCGGGCAAAACCUUCACCAUGAGCGGCAACUUCAACGAUCCAAACGACAAAGGUAUUUACGCGCUAACCGCCUCGGAUAUCUUUAACGAGAUCCACUCGCCGAAAUACAGCCAACUAAAUCUAAUGGUGUCUUGCAGCUUUUUCGAAAUUUACGUAAAGAAAGUGUCGGAUCUGUUGAACAACAAACAAACGUUAAAGAUCCUCGAGGACGACAAGCACCAGGUGCAGAUCGUCGGUUUGACGGAGAAGGCGGUGUCCUCCGUCGGUGAGGUAUUGCAGCUCAUCAAAAUGGGCAGCGACGAGCGCGCCUCCGGCCAGACCUCGGCCAAUUCGAAUUCGUCGCGAUCGCACGCCGUCUUUCAAAUCUACCUGCGAUCGUCGAGCAACGUGAAAAAAUUGCACGGGAAAUUCUCGCUCAUCGAUUUGGCCGGCAACGAGCGGGGCGCCGAUACGUUUUCUUCGUCGAAAAUCACCCGAAUCGAAGGCUCGGAGAUCAACCAGUCGCUGUUGUCGCUGAAGGAGUGCAUCAGAGCGCUGGGACGAAAGGGAGCCCACUUACCGUUCAGAGGCUCGAAGUUGACACAAGUGCUUAGAGAUUCGUUUAUCGGCGCCAACGCCAAGACCUGCAUGAUAGCCAUGGUAUCGCCGGGCGUCAGCUCCUGCGAGAACACCCUCAACACGCUGAGGUACGCCGAUAGGGUGAAGGAAUUGGAAGGGGGCGACAGUUCGUUUAACAAAACGUCGAACCAAGAGAUCGACCAGCAAUUGAUGCUCGACGGCUCGCCCAGCUACUACAGUUUGCAGAACAACGCCGACAACAUGGAAAUGAUGGCGGCGCCCGAUCCUACGCCAGUUCCUAAACCGCAGUUGCACGUUCUAAAGUCCAAAGUCGAAUCGAGGAUUCUCCAUCGGCACAGAGAGAUCAUCAAGGAGCUCAACAAGACGGUGCAAGACGCCGAGAAGUUGUUGAGCACCUCGAAGGACGACGCCGAAAGGUACACCGUCGAAUGGAAUUCGCUCAUCGAAGAUAUGGUGAACAGCUUCAACGAGGAGGUGGGCAACGAAAUGAAGACCGUUAUAGGUAAAGUCCAAGCCGAUUCGAACAUCCAGGCGUGCGUGGUGAUCUCCGGGAAGCCGGGAUGCUUCAUAGCCGGCGCCGAUAUCAACAUGUUGGACGCCUGCAAGACCGUCGACGACGCCACCGACAAAUCGAGAGAAGGCCAGAAGAUCCUCCAGGACAUCGAGGACAGCAAGAAACCGUUCGUGGUGGCCGUGCAAGGCUCCUGCUUGGGCUUGGGCUUCGAGACCGCCUUGGCGGCGCACUACAGGAUCGCCGUUAAAGACAAGAAAACCAUCAUGGGAGUACCCGAAGUCAUGCUGGGAUUAUUACCCGGAGCCGGAGGUACUCAAAGGCUGCCGCGGUUCGUGUCCGUGCCCAACGCGCUCGACUUGAUGCUGACGGGGAGAAGCCUGCGCGCCGAUAAGGCCAAGAAAAUGGGCAUCGUGGACUUGCUGGUGGAUCCGCUGGGACCGGGUUUGGCGCCGCCCGAGGAGAACACCAGGAACUACCUGGAGAAGGUCGCCAUCGGCGUGGCCAAAGACCUGGCGGCCGGGAAACUGAAAACCAAAAGGGAAAAAAGUCUGAUGGACAAGGCGAUGGCGUUCGCUUUGCAGUACAACUUCGUCAAGGAUCAGAUCUUCGGCAAGGCCAAGCAGCAGGUGAUGAAGAUGUCGCAAGGAUUGUACCCCGCUCCGUUGAGAAUACUAGAAGUCGUUCGAACUUCGUUAGAUAAAGGCGAAGCCGUGGGUUUUAAGGAAGAAGCCCGAGCUUUCGGCGAACUGGCCGUCACUCCAGAGUCCAAGGGUCUCAUUAGCCUGUUCAAAGGGCAAACGCAGUGUAAAAAGAACAGAUUCGGCAAGCCUAACAAGUCCGUUAAAUCCGUAGCUGUACUCGGUGCUGGGCUAAUGGGAGCUGGUAUCGCACAAGUGACAGUCGACAAAGGCUACCAAGUUAUUUUAAAAGAUUCCAAUAACGCUGGAUUAGCUAGGGGAGUCAACCAAGUGGCCACCGGACUGAACGGAGCCGUGAAAAGGAAGAAGAUAUCAGGAUUAGAACGCGAUCGAUUCCUAUCGAAUUUAAACGCCACGUUGAGCUACGAUUCGUUCAAACAAGCCGACAUAGUCAUCGAAGCGGUCUUCGAAGACCUGAACAUCAAGCACAAGGUGCUCAAAGAGGUGGAGGCGGUUGUAAGGCCCGAUUGCGUGUUCGCCUCGAACACCAGCGCCCUGCCCAUCGGCCAGAUCGCCUCGGCCUCCGCCCGGCCCGAAAACGUCAUCGGCAUGCACUAUUUCUCGCCCGUCGACAAAAUGCAGCUGCUCGAGAUCAUCACCACGGACAAGACCAGCAAAGAGGCCACCGCCAUGGCCGUGGACGUGGGCCUGAAGCAGGGUAAAGUGGUGAUAACCGUCGGCGACGGGCCCGGGUUCUACACCACCAGGAUUCUGUCGGCCAUGAUGGCCGAAUCGGUGAGGCUGCUGCAAGAGGGCGUCGAUCCCAAGGACCUGGACCGGCUCACUAAGAAGUUCGGGUUUCCCGUGGGGGCGGCCACGCUGGCUGACGAAGUCGGUAUCGAUGUGGCCGCGCAUAUCGGGCCUAAUCUAGCUAAAGCGUUCGGUGAGAGGUUCGCCGGUGGUGAUUUGGGUGUUAUGCGAGACAUGGUCCAAGCGGGCUUCCUCGGCAGGAAAUCCGGUAAAGGGAUAUUCGUUUACGAGGCGGGGAAGAAGAGCCGCGAGGUGAAUUUCGAAGCGUUGGAGAUACUUAAGAAGUACUCGAUCGAACCGAGGGGUUCGUUCGAGGAUGAGGAUAAGACUUUGAGGAUGGUCACUAGGUUUGUGAACGAGGCCGUUUUGUGUUUGGAAGAAAAAAUCCUGGCCGAUCCUCUGGAAGGUGAUAUUGGGGCAGUAUUCGGUUUAGGUUUUCCGCCGUUCACCGGCGGACCUUUCAGAUGGGUGGAUCAGUACGGGGCCGCUAAGUUGGUGGCUAAAAUGGAGAACUUCCAGCAUUCCUACGGCGUGCCCUUCAAACCGGCCCAAACUCUACUCGAUAUGGCCAAGGACCCCAGCAAGAAAUUCUAUCCCAAGUAAAUAGACGAGAAACCGGAGGAUCU